CGAAGCCCCGCCUGAGUACCGACGCGCAGGCGCGAGGGCGCGUGCCCUGCGCUACCAGGUCUGAUUGGCUGCCUCGGGUGAGGGCGCCGCCCAAUGGGAGGCGUGGAUAGUAAGGGGUCCCACACACCCGCUGCGGAGGGUCCGUGUCAAGAGCGGCAGGGGCUGCUUGGAGUCACUGCCUUCCCCAUAAUGGCAGAGAUGGUGGCAGAAGCAGCUGAGAUGCCAACACAGUCACCAGGAGCAGUGGACAUUUCAACACCUGUGUCAGGAGAACUGGCAGAGAUGGCAACCGCAGUGACUGAGAUGACCCCUGGGGAGGCGCUGGCCUCGUCCCUCUUCUUCCAGCACCACCAGUUCAUGUGCUCUGAGUGUGGCAGCCUCUACAACACCCUGGAGGAAGUCCUCUCCCACCAGGAACAGCACCUGCCCACCAUGUCAGAGGAGGAAGUGCUAACUGCUCAGGACACGGGCCUGGAGCCUGAGCUAGUGCCUGACACCGAGGACGGACCUUUCCAAUGUGGUGAAUGCAGCCAGCUCAUCCUCUCCCCCAGUGAGCUCCUGGCACACCAGGAUGCCCACCUGCAGGAGUCUGCAAGCCAGAUCCAGUACCAGUGUGGCGACUGCCAGGAGCUCUUCCCCUCACCUGAGCUGUGGGUGGCUCAUCGAAAGACUCAGCACCUUUCCAGUACAGCUGAUGAGCCACCAGUGCCACCUCCUUUGCCUCCCCCAACACCACCACCCCCGCUACCAGAAGUCAAGAUGGAGCCCUAUGAGUGUCCCGAAUGCUCUACUCUCUGUGCCACCCCUGAAGAGUUCUUGGAGCAUCAGGGCACCCACUUUGACUCCCUGGAGAAAGAAGAGCGCAAUGGGUUAGAAGAGGAGGAGGAGGAAGAGGAGGAGACAGAUGAGGAGGAAGCAGCUGCAGAGCUCACUGCUGAUGAUCUAGGAGGUGACAAGGCCACGGCUGAUCGAGCUCAGAGCUGUGGAGAUUGUUCCCAGCACUGUACCUCUUCAGCUACACGCCGCCGACACCGACGGGCAUCUCGUGGCCCAGUGUCUGCCGCCCUCCCCUUCCACUGCAGCCAAUGUCAGCGCAGCUUCAGCUCCGCUAACCGUCUGAUGGCGCAUGGACGAGCCCACGUGGGUGGUACCCAUGAGUGUACCACCUGCUCCAAGGUGUUCAAGAAGGCAGCCUCUCUGGAGCAGCACCAGCGGCUGCACCGUGGGGAAGCCCGCUACCUCUGUGUGGACUGUGGCCGUGGCUUUGGCACCGAGCUCACGCUGGUGGCCCAUCGGCGAGCCCAUACUGCCAACCCAUUACACCGCUGUCGCUGUGGCAAGACCUUCAGUAACAUGACCAAGUUCCUCUACCACCGACGAACUCACACUGGGAAAAGUGGAACCCCCACCAAAGUAGCAACUGUCUCCCCAGCUCCAGCUGAGCCUACGCCCCCACCUCCACCCCCACCUGUCCAGCUGCCCUGUCCACAGUGCCCCAAGUCCUUUGCCUCGGCCUCCCGGCUUUCCAGGCACCGACGCGCAGUGCAUGGCCCCCCUGAACGCCGACACAGGUGUGGGAUUUGUGGCAAGGGCUUCAAGAAGCUGGUCCAUGUGCGCAACCACCUGCGGACACACACAGGCGAGAGGCCCUUCCAGUGUCACUCCUGUGGGAAGACCUUCGCCUCUUUAGCCAACCUCAGCCGCCACCAGCUGACCCAUACAGGCGUGCGUCCCUACCAAUGCCUGGACUGUGGCAAGCGCUUCACACAGAGCUCCAACCUGCAGCAACACCGGCGUCUACACCUACGACCAGUAGCCUUUGCGCGUGCCCCUCGCCUUCCCAUAACUGGUCUCUACAAUAAGAGCCCCUACUACUGUGGAACCUGCGGCCGCUGGUUCCGCGCCAUGGCAGGCCUCCGACUGCACCAGCGGGUCCAUGCCCGAGCCAGAACAUUAACACUACAGCCUCCCAGGUCACCCUCUCCGGUCCCACCCCCACCCCCUGAACCUCAGCAGACUAUCAUGUGCACAGAGCUUGGGGAGACCAUCGCCAUCAUCGAGACAUCCCAGCCACUGGCACUGGAGGACACACUGCAGCUGUGCCAGGCAGCACUGGGGGCCAGUGAAGCAAGUGGACUGUUGCAGUUGGACACGGCAUUUGUGUGACAGAACACAAGAGCAAUAAAAGGGUUUGCUUACAAGACAGCAGAGGCAGCUCAGGGGAGAAGACCACCAGAUGUCAGGAUCCACCUUGCUGGCCUCUUCUAACUGCUGACUCCUCAGACCAAGGACAACCCUGCCAGGUUUUUCCUGUCACCUUUCUCUGCCCAAGGUGAAACUGAAGCUCUGAGAAGUGAUGUGAUCGAUCUCAGCCCCUGCUGCCGCGUUGCAGAAUGGGGUUUGCCAAGGCUCUUUGCACGGCAUCACCCAGUGCUCAGCAACAUCAGGUAACCUUUAUGAGCACCAACCAUAUGCCAGACACUCAUAUACCUCUCAGAUCUUCUGCUUGUAAACCCUAACCCCCCACUUCCCUGGACUUUGGGUGCCUGGGACUUAGCUCUGCUGGGUACAGGUAGUUUCUCUGGGCUUGCUCCUUCUCAGUUUGAUAGUAUGAAAAGAAAUCUGUAGGUACCCCCAGUACUCAGCUCAGACUAGGUGAUGUUGAAGAGCCAGGAGUGAACCAGAUACAGCUCUGAACUCAGGCAUGCUCAGUCCAGCAGCAGCAACAGACUAGAGGUACAGACAGCUUGCCUGAGUGCAACACACAAUGCCACGGUGCUAUGGGCCUGAGGAUCCCUGGGCUGUGAUGGGAAAGUGUAGAAACAGUGGGAUCUGAGAAUAUGGAGCAAGCCUCCAUGGGAGGUGACCAAGAGUGAGGGAUUCCUAGUGGCACCAGUUCCCAAAGUAAAGCAGGAAUCUGCCGGUGGAAAAGAACAUUUUAGACAAGCCAUCCAGUUAUAACUGCAGUGAACACCCGAAUGCCUGACAGGCUUAGGCGGGACACUUAGUGUCUGUUGGGCCCAAGGUGGACCUGUAUAUCAUCCCUGUUGUAGAGUAAGGAGACGGGUCAGAGAAUCGCCCCAGCUCUCGGGUCUCUGAAGAACACCUGAAACCCAAACAGCAGCUGAUAGCAGGGGAUAUAUUUUAUUUUCUUUGGAGAAGGCAGUGUCACGGAGCAUUUGAGAUUUGAGGGAGCCUUGGAAACAGGAAGGGAUUGUAUUUUUUCAUAAGGUGUCCUUCCUCUCCCUAAGAUGAGUAUAGGAGACCAGUGGGGCAGGGCUCCCCCAAGCCUCAGCAGACCAUGGUGCUCCAACAAGUGAAGCAGGAUGCUUCUGUGGCUGGGCAUUGUCUGAGAGAUAAGCCCAGGCCUUGGAAAUUGAGGUGAGUUGUUGUUGAAGGAAUGUCACAGGGAGGGUGUCAUAUCUCCCUGGAUCAGAGCACGGAGUGGGAGGUUGGCAAUGGUCCAAGAGAGAUGAACAGAACUGAGUAGGGACAUUAGGGUCCAAUGGGUAAGACAGCCCAGUGACCAAACCAGCCAUUCUCUCUGUACUUUAUAACUGUUUUGAGCAAAAGAUCUGUCCUACAGGGUAGACAGGCACCCCUGGGGCUGAUGGAAGCAUCUAGCAGAGCCCAGAAUAUUAGAAUCCCUCAUGGACAUGUUUCAAAAUUCCUUUUUGUGCAUCGUUAGAAUCCAUCAGAAGGUCCCAAAGUUGCUCCCUCCCUUUCUGGAGCUUUCUACCCACUCACUGCUUGGCACCAUGUGGAGAUACCAUUUCCUUCUGCUAUGGUCCCCACCAUCUGGCUCCAGCAUAUUUUAAAAGUCAAGGGGAAAAGCCAGGCAAGAUGGCACAAGCCUACAAUCUCAGCAUUUGGGAGCCAAGGCAAAAUCACCUCCAGUUCCAGACAGACUUGGACUAUAACUGGAAGACCUCCUCAAAAAACAGAAAAGCUAAGCUACCUCCACCUUUCCAAGGUCAUCACUUCCCAAUAUUCCUAAGAGAAGUGAAGCAAGUGUGCCCUCCUUCAGGCAGUUACAACCCAGGAAUCUGUCCACACAUACCACCCCACUGAGUCUGCAGGCAGUUAGCCCAAGAGACGCUCAUCCAGGGUCCCACUGGGCCCUGCUGCAGACAUCUCUUUGUUCAGGUCCUGACUCUGCCUCUUAAAUUCUGGGGUUUCAACCACUCUGAACCCUAAUCUCAAUGAUCACCCAGGAUGGAGACCUUGCCCCAGCUGAAACAGAUGGUUUGUGCCAGGUCAUGGACAGGCUCAUAAGCACUGGUGGUUUAGGGGUUUCCAGCCUUAGUGUCCGCCUGCCUGAGGUACAACUCAUUCCAAGCCCUGAACCCCCUCACCUCUGUGGAAACAGGCAGCCAGGCUGGAAGAAGGGUUUCAUGCCAAUAAUUUAUUGAACGGAGGUCUGUACACAGGCAAACCUUACUGUGGAAACUAAGACACCAGGGGCUCUUUCCCUACUCCCUCCUUCCAGGAUGGGGAGAGGGUAGAAGCCUUGGGAGCAGAGGACAAGAGGGGGAUACAGCUGAGGGGAGGGGCAGGUUGGAUGGUGUGAAUCGACGUUUUUCUUUAAGAAAAAAAUUAUAACAAUCUAUUUACACCCAGGGGGCCAGGGAAGGGAAAAGGUGGGCUGGGCUGGUUCUAUUUACAAGGGACAUGGGAAGGGGAAAGGAGUGGUAGCCUGGGGGAGGGGAGGGAACCAAGGGGGUAGAAGGUCCUCAUAGCCCUAAAACCCCUGUCCUUCCUUCUCUUCCCUCCCCACAACCAGUUAAAAAUCCUCUUUAAAAAGCCCACCACAAAGGUAAGGCUGAGGAGGGAAGGCCUAGAUGUUAGGGGUAGGAGUUCAUUUACCUCUGCCCUCUAGUCUAGGGGCCCAGCCAGGGCAGGAGCUUGAUGAGGCUAUGCCCCCCCCCUUCCCAGCCCCACUUGGGAAUUCCCAGAUGGAUGUGGAGGGGUAGUCGGCGGGGCCCUCAAGAAGAGUUAGCCAGGGUAGGUGCGGCAUCAGGUGCCUGCCAGUCUGGGCCGGUCUGAGUCUCAGUUAAAGCUGAAGGAGGGAGGAGGAGACAGUUAGUUUCUGCAUCAUCCCCACCGCCAUGCCAUGAGAGUAGAACUUAUUUCAAGACACUGCAAGAAGCUUGACAGCUGUCACUUCUGGUUCAGGGCUACAAACUCAGAUGCCAAAGACCAGCUUGACACUAAAGUGGUUCACAUCAGGGAGCCAGGCUCCAUGGAAGAAAGGAGCAGCUGGACAGAGCCCCAACUGCUGUCAGGAGACAGACGGACCCACAGCUACCAAGUCCAGUUUUCUCCCCCAAAGAAACAGGAAAUCUGGUUGUUGUUGGUUUUUGGGUUUUGUUUUUUUGUUUUUGCCCAAAAUGGACCAAUGUUUAAAUGUGGGCAACUUUGUGUUUAUUUGUUCAGACCAAGAAAUGUUUGGGAUUUAAACACAAAUGUGCCAAUACUGUCCUAUUAAGCUAAGACUGAUGAUAUGCUAUGCCUUCUGUGCCAUCAAAUGUCGACAAAUUAAAACCUGUAGAAAACUGUAGAAGCCAAGGACAGCCCCCGCUUUAUCCUCAACACAUGUUCCCCAACUUACCUUGUGAGGACGUGGUGAGGGCAGCAGGGCCUGCUGGGGACCUCAAGUGAGGAGGGAUGAGAAUGGCAUUGAGAGACGGUUGGAUGGAGAGUUCUAGACACAGGAAUUGACAUGCCCAGUCAGGGAGAGGCAGGGCAUUUGGAAAGCCAGUUAGGGUUAGGAUGGGGUACCAAACAGGGACCCAGUUACUGGCAAUGUCAGGUAGUAGAGACAUUAGCCACAGGACUCAUGGUGUAAAACUGGAAAAGAUGUAGCAUCUAGCCACAAUGUGGUGACAUCUGGCUGGCUGAGCCCAGGGCUGCCCUGUACCCUCUCAGCUCCUAGUCCUGUUUCUCCACGUCCCCCAACAACUCCACAGGCCCCAAGCUGUGCUCUCACCACCAGGACUGAAGUUGAAGAGGGGGGGAAGCGGGCGGUUGUUGGGUAGCUGGGUUCCAAGACACCGCAGUUCAUCAAAGAAGCUGUGGGCACAGGCCUCUAGUGGGGAGAGCCUUGAGGAUGGAGUGUACUCCAGCAGACUUGAGCAGAGCGCAAUGGCCUCAGGUGGUGUCCGAGAUUUGAAUACCUGUGGGUAGAGUUAAGCAGGUGGGUGCUUUGACACUAGAGUGGUGUGCCUUAUAGGGCACACCUGUUGCCUUCCUGACACCCACCUCCCCAAUAAGGAAACAGGCAUAAAUACUGAACUGGGCAGCUAGCUCAGUUUCCUUGCCACCACAUAAAUGGGAAUCUUGUAUUUAUCUAUGGGUUCUCAACUUUUAAAAUUCUAUAAACUUCACAAUCUGAAA